AAUCGCGGGUUUGCGCUUCGUGAACGUUUGGUCGAGGAUUUGUAUAAGGAUGAUGAGAUAUUCAAACAUCAAUAUGUUGAUAUUGCAGAUGCUGACGAUGAUGUUAUGAUUACUGGAGUUAAUGUUAAACUGAUUUUGGAGUCUUGGACUGAAUUCAACAUGGAUCCAAUACUUAAAGAAAAUAUUACUGUCAAGUCCAAUUAUAUUCGUCCGCGCAAAAUUCAAAAACAUGUUAUUCCAUACGUUCUUUCUGGUUAUGAUUUGAAAGGUCAUUCAGAGACAGGAAGUGGCAAGACUGGAGCUUUUUUGAUUCCAAUCAUUCAAAAAAUUCUUGCUGAUCCUUCCUCACAGCGUCAGCCGUCUGAAAUAGCGGCCCCGUUUGCUCUUGUUUUAUCGCCCACACGCGAAUUAUGUCUUCAAAUUUAUGAUCAAUGCCGCAAAUUUGCCAAUGGCAAGUUUAAAUUUUAUUUGUAUAGUAUUUUGCUUGUACAUUGA